UUUCCUUUAUUAGCAGUUAACGGCUGUAACGUCAUCUUUAAGAGACAACACAAAUGUUACGUCUGAACCUCGCGACUGGUCGCAUCCCUCCCCGUCUUUGGCUGACCACGAACCGCUUUGCUACCUGCGCUGAUAAUCGGUAAUCUGCCCGGUUGGUGCGAGCCGAAACGCCGGGGGACUGUCCAUGAACGGCACCAUGGCCGGGUCCUCUCACCGGAUCACGCUAGGCCCACUGGUUGCUGCCAUAGACCAGGGGACGAGCUCCACUCGGUUCUUGGUGUUUAAUUCCAAAACAGCAGAGCUGCUCAGCCACCAUCAAGUAGAAAUAAAGCAAAGCUUCCCAAAAGAAGGAUGGGUGGAAGAAGAUCCCAAAGAGAUCCUUCAGUCGGUGUACGAGUGCAUGGAGCGGACUUGUGAAAAACUGAUGCAGCACAACAUAGACAUCUCCAACAUUAAAGCUAUUGGAGUGACCAACCAACGAGAGACCACGCUUGUUUGGGACAAAGAGACGGGCGAGCCGCUCUACAACGCCAUCGUGUGGCUUGACCUUCGGACUCAGUCAACAGUUGAGCGUCUCAUUAAUAAAACCCCUGGAAGAAACAAGAACCAUUUAAGGCAUAAAACGGGGCUCCCUAUCAGCACGUACUUCAGCGCCGUGAAACUCCGCUGGUUGAUGGAUAACGUGAGCGAGGUCCACGAAGCCGUCGUGUCUCACCGUGCCAUGUUUGGCACUGUUGAUUCCUGGCUCAUUUGGUGUUUGACUGGAGGCAAGUCAGGUGGAGUCCACUGCACAGACGUGACCAACGCCAGCAGAACCAUGCUGUUUAAUAUUCACACUAUGAACUGGGACCCAGAGCUUUGCAAAUAUUUUGGUAUUCCUAUGGAAAUUUUGCCCAGAGUGAGGAGUUCAUCAGAAAUAUAUGGUCUCAUGAAAAUUUGUUCUAGCCUGAAAUCUGGAGCUUUAUCUGGUAUUCCCAUCUCAGGAUGCUUGGGCGACCAGUCUGCUGCUCUCGUUGGGCAGAUGUGUUUCAAAGACGGCCAAGCUAAAAACACGUACGGGACUGGAUGCUUUCUUUUGCGAAACACUGGAUCCAAGCCUGUUAUGUCUGAUCACGGUCUGCUGACUACAGUCGCCUACAAACUUGGUCGAGAUAAGCCUGCUUGUUACGCACUUGAGGGCUCUGUGGCCAUUGCUGGAGCUGUGGUUCGCUGGCUGCAGGACAAUCUCGGGAUCAUCGGAUCAUCUGAAGAGCUUGAGAAGCUGGCUGCGUCCGUCGGGACAUCCUACGGUUGUUACUUUGUUCCUGCUUUUUCGGGCCUUUAUGCACCGUACUGGGAGCCCAGCGCCAGAGGGAUCAUUUGUGGAUUAACUCAGUUCACUAACAAGAGCCAUGUGGCCUUCGCUGCUCUGGAAGCUGUCUGUUUCCAAACACGCGAGAUCCUGGACGCCAUGAACCAGGACAGUGGUAUACCUUUGAAUCAGCUGCAGGUGGACGGAGGAAUGACGUCUAACAGGUUGCUGAUGCAGCUGCAGGCCGACAUUCUCUGCAUCCCUGUAGUGAAGCCUUCAAUGCCCGAGACCACGGCUCUGGGUGCAGCAAUGGCCGCGGGAGCGGCAGAAGGGGUGAGCGUGUGGACUGAACCCGAGGACCUGAGCGAGGUCACAUCGGAGAAGUUCGAGCCUCAGAUCAACCCUGAAGAGAGUGAGUUUCGGUAUGCGAGGUGGAAGAAGGCGGUGGAGAAAUCCAAGAACUGGGAGACGACACAG